UCCGCGACGGAAGAUAGAUGCCAUUGUUUCAGAAUAGUGCUUUAACUAUUGGGGAUUGACCAAUUGCUGCCUUAUUUUUUAAUCUAUUUUCGAUCCAUAUAUUCUCAGAAAAGGUUCCAAUUCCUUUAAAUUUUUGUUCGGUUCGCAAGAAAGAAUCCGAGGAAGAAAGGCUGAAGCGCGAUAACGAAACCUUAUCAGAUCGGUUGACGAGGAAAAGAAGUCCGGCAAAGCUUUUAAAGUUAUCUUAUCUGAUGGCGGGUAAUUGAGUGAGUGAGUUGCCCAACCUUGCCUGGCGGCUUAGUCAGAAACGCGGAAUUCAAGCAAGCGCUGAUUGAUUAUCUGAUCCGCCCAUAAUCGGGCUUUCGGCAUCGGAACCCUGCCGGAAUCCAAUUCUAAUUCAGGCUUGAGUUGGAAAAUGGUAGCAACUCCGUUCACUCCGGGAUUUCAUAAUAGGUACGGAGUAUGGGAUACAUGUUUCGUACUUUAGCAGGACAUAAAACAGGUAAGACCUGGAUACUUAGUCAUAGGCUUAUAGGCCUACCUAGGCCAAAGGAAUCCAAACAAACAGGAUGCACCAAAAAUCUAAAGAAGAUCCAUCCGAGCCCUCAUGAUGUCACUUAUUCCCAGCUUGUACUCACGCAUACUGGUACAUUGGCACGACUCGUAUCUCCAACUCCUGCAAAAAAGCAUACGCACUCGGGAUAUACAGCGGCGUGCCCAGUUCCCUGUUUGAUGCAUUUUGAUGGUAUUGAUGUGCUACUGCCGUAGUAGCCAUUUUCUCGAUAGAGAGCGCAAUAUUGGGAUCAAACAAGCCACCCUUGGGCGAAUCCUGGCGUGUUGACCGGUGACAAAGGCACAAUGGCAGCAUCCUCUCCUGAAAUCCGCCUCGCUAUUCUCGAUGACUACCAAGGCAUUGCACCGCCGCAUUUCCUACAACUGACUUCUCGAAUCCAAAUAACCAGCUAUGACAACACCCUUAGUCCCUUUGACCCGUCUCAGAAGGCCGCUCUCAUCGAACGACUCCACCCAUAUCACAUAAUCAGCACUAUGCGCGAGCGCACCCCGUUUCCACGGGAGCUCAUCACCGAGCUGCCAAAUCUGCGAUUUCUCUUGACCACAGGCACUCGAAAUCGUUCGAUCGAUCUUGCCGCGUGCGCUGAGAAUGGGAUUAUGGUGGCUGGGACCACUGGAGGAGGCAAACACCAGGAUAUGAGCGCAUUAGUUCCCCCCAGUUCUACGGUACAGCAUGCUUGGGCGUUGAUACUGGGGAUAACCCGAAAUAUCGCAAGCGGUGACGCACUUUUAAAAGCUAGUGGCUGGCAGGAAUCGGUUGCGACUGGCCUUUCAGGCAAAACUUUGGGAUUGCUAGGCUUGGGCAACCUGGGUGCCGAGGCGGGAAAGGUUGGCGUCUUAGGAUUCAAUAUGAAGGUGAUUGCUUGGUCAGAGAAUCUGACUCAGGACAUCGCUGAUGCUCAAGCGCUUAAAUUGGGCCUUCCCGUGGGGACGUUCCGAGUUGCAUGGACUAAAGAAGAGCUGUUCCAGGCGGCUGAUGUGUUAAGCGUGCACUAUGUGUUGUCAUCACGGAGCCAAGGGAUCGUAGGUCGCAAAGAACUGGAGAUGAUGAAACCAACUGCCUUCUUUGUGAAUACAUCUCGUGGGCCGCUGGUUGAUGAAGAUGCAUUGUUGGAUGUUUUGAAUGAAGGAAAGAUAAGAGGGGCAGCUUUAGAUGUGUUCAACAUCGAGCCUUUGCCUCUGGAUAGCGAAUGGAGAACCACCCCGUGGGGUCAAGAUGGGAGAAGCGAUGUUUUGCUAUCGCCACACAUGGGCUAUGUGGAAGAAGGCAUUAUGAAUCGUUGGUAUGAAGAACAGGCAGAUAAUGUUGAGCGAUGGUUGGACGGUAAUGAAGUGCUGACGAAGCUCUAAAACCCAAGUAUGUAAUUAGAUCAUUUAAUGUCACAAUAAGUCGAAUUUAGAGAUUGGGUUUUACCUGUCAA